AUGGAGAAGGGCGAUCUUUCAUCUGUGGCCUACAGUGGCCCCAAACUACCCAACGUCCCCGAAGACCUGGUAGUCACCAGUGCCCUGGACCUAGAAUGCGACGAGCGACUAUGGGUUCCCCAAUCGAAAGACGUCUGGUUUCGUCCGCUGUGCUUCAAUGUGUCCCAGGGCUACUUUGUGAAUAUUCUACGGGUUAGGAAGAGUGGAAUCCUGUCACGCCACCGACACACAGGGCCUGUCCACGCCACUGUUCUACGUGGUCGAUGGCACUACCUAGAGCACCCUUGGUGGGCCGAAGAAGGCGGAUAUGCCUUUGAGCCUCCCGGCGAUAUCCACACUUUGGAAGUGCCUGAUGGUGUCCAAGAGAUGGUUACCUUGUUCCAUGUGACUGGAGCUUAUAUCUAUGUGGAUGUUGACGGCAAUGCGUUGGGUAUUGAGGAUGUGUUUAGCAAGCUUCAAGCAGCGCGGAAACACUAUGAGGAAGUAGGGCUGGGAGCGAACUUUGCGAAUCAAUUUGUGCGAUAG